AUGUCCAUCGCCGGUGGCGCGGCGAUUGUUUUCUCGCGUCUCGGUUGGCCUAAGGUUUUAGGCUAUAUUCUUGUCGGUGUUCUCAUGGGUGAGCACACGUGGGGCGGUGGCUUUCUCAUCGACCCUGCGUCCACGCGCACGAUCGGACAGCUCGGCGUGGUCUUCUUGAUGUUUGGCAUGGGCCUUUCUUUUUCGCCGCGUGAGAUGAAGCGGAUUCGCUCGGUGGCGUUGCCGGCGGCGCUUUUUGACACGGCGGUGAUGAUCGGGCUGGGGUAUUUUAUCGGUACGCGCGUUUUCGGUUGGGCGAGCGCGCCGUCGGUCUUUCUGGGAGUUGCCAUCUGUGAUUCGGCAACGACGUUGCUUGCGAAGGUCGUGGAUGAGAUGGGUUGGUCGCGUCGUCCGUUUGCGUCUUACAUUCUGGGUACUUCCAUUUGCGAAGACAUUGUCUGUGUAGGCGCAAUUGCCGUCGCAACCGGAUUCGUGACUGGCGGAUCGAUGUCGGCGCGCUCUUUUCUUGUCUCCAUUGGGGGCUUGGGGGUCUUCUUCCUGCUGGUGCUUGUCUUCGGGUUCAUUCUGCUGCCACGGCUGUUGAAAUCGGUUUCCAAGCGGCGUGACGAUGAAGCGCUCGUGCUUGCUCUUCUGGGCUGCUGUUUUUUCAUCUCGUUUUUUGCCUACAAAUUCGACUUCUCGCUCGCGUUGGGUGCGUUCUUGGUCGGCAUUAUCGGCGGCUCAAGCGACGUUCGCGACCGGCUUGAGCGUCUGGUCUCGCCGCUCAAAUCGAUGUUCUCGGCCGUCUUCUUCGUCUCGAUUGGACUCUUGGUCGAUCCCGUCGCGCUGAUGCACCAUCUGCCGGAGAUCCUGUUGGUGUCGGCGCUGGUCAUGGUCGGCAAAUUCCUCAAUGUGACAAUUGCCUCUCUUGCGACGGGGCUUGAGGUGAAGACGGCGAUACAGAAUGGUUUCGGGCUUGCGCAGAUCGGUGAGUUCGCCUUUAUGGUGGCGAUCCUUUAUGCAGGGCUGGUGAAGGAUUCGUCGAACGAUCUCUUUCCCAUUGCGGUAGGUGUUUCGCUGUUGACGACGCUCCUUAAUCCUUGGAUGAUUCGCGUUUCUGAUCCGGUUGGGAAUUGGGCCGAGCGGAUGCUCCCGGAAAGACUUGCCGAUACGCUCGCCGCCUAUCGGCUCUGGCUUGCGCGUUUCCGUUCUUCGUCAGGGGCGCCGGCCUAUCGCCGUGUUCGUCUUGCGGCCGCGCGUCUGGGCAUUUACGCCGCGCUGAUGCUUUCGGUUUCGGUUGUCCUGGCGAUGCUUCAUCCCGUUGAUUACUCGCGGUUCUCGGUUUAUUUUGAGCGGCAUGAUGCGCUCUUCUUCUUUGUGCUCGCGAACAUCUUCUCGGUCGCGCUUUUGCCGCUGGUUAUUUCCUCCGUCCGCGUGCUCGCCGAGGAGGUUUCGGUUUUGCUGACGGAGGGGUCGGAAUCGAAAUGGAAGCACUCUCUUCGUCCGUUCUUCCGCUUUGUGGUUACCGUCGGCACGAUUUCCAUCUUUUUCUUCGAGUGGUUCUUGCUUGAUCUGGCGACGGCGCCGAGGGAUGGUUUUGCGCUCGCAUUUUCGCUGGCGGUCAUUGCCUUGACGGGGAUUUUCGGUUGGCGGUUUUUCUGUCGGGCGGGACGCAAGGCGGUGGCGCGGUUUAACGAGGCGCUUUCGGCCGAGGAGCGCCGCGAUGGUCUCGCGAAAGCCAUGGCGGCGGCAUUGCCGGUGGAAGAUCUGAAGAGCCUUACGCUCUCGGCAAGCUCUUCCGCCAUUGGCGGCACAGUGGUCUCGCUGGAUAUUCGCGCGAAGACAGGCGCUUCGAUUGUCGCCGUCCGUCGGGAUGGCGUUGAAACGCGGAAUAUCGGCGGCAGUGAGAUUGCGCUGCUCAAGUCCCGCACAGUCGCCUCACCCGUUUAUGCCGAGGGCACAUUUGCCGUGCUGGGAGGACUGCGUUCGAUCAUUGCCGAAGUGAUUUGGUUUCGGGCGGAUCGUCUUCAGGAAGAAGGCCGCUAUGUUGAGCUCGUGCAGCUUGCCGAUGCCUUGACUGCGAUGGAGCCCCAUACGCCCGAGGUCUGGAGCUAUGCCGCCUGGAAUUUGGCCUAUAAUGUUUCCAUCAUGAUGGAUACCCCUGAAGACCGUUGGCGUUGGGUGCUGGCGGGGAUCCGAUUGCUUAGGGAUGACGGCCUUAGGCUCAAUCCUGGCGAUCCUGAACUCGCGCGAGAACUCGCGUGGAUGUUCGAGCUUAAGCUUGGUGCCGAUAUCGAUGCCGCCGCACCGGACUAUCGGCGUUAUUGGAAGGAAUUGGUUGACGAGGUUAGUCAGCGCGGUGCCUGGCAUGAGCUGGGCAUGGAGGAAGGGAAAAUGCGACGCCUUGAGCAAACGAGCGGAAUGGUCGAUUGGACCGAUCCGCAGCUUUCGGCCGUUUACUGGGCUAACGAGGACGGAGGCAUUGACAUGGCAGGGCUUACUCUUCUUCUUGCGGCCGUAGCGACGUUUGACUUCGGCUGGAAGUUUAGAUAUUGCGGGCCCGAGAUUCCCGAGGUGACGGGGGUCCCCGCCGAGGCGAGCGUCGGCUAUGACGAGCAGGACUUUAAAGAGGUGCAAUUGCCGCAUGACUGGGCGAUUGAAAGUCCGUUUCUCGCCAACGAGCCCAAUGAAACGGGUAAGCUCCCCUGGAAUGGAACGGGCUGGUACCGCAAGACCUUCAAUCUUCCGCGCGUCGAUCCCGCGAAGGACCGCGUCUUCAUCGAUUUUGACGGGGUUAUGGCUCAGCCGAAGGUUUAUGUGAACGGACAGUUCGCGGGUGAAUGGGCCUAUGGUUAUGCCUCGUUCCGCAUUGACGCAACCCCUUAUCUCAAGGAAGGCAAGAACCUCAUUGCUGUCCGUGCCUCUAACCGUCCUCGCUCGACGCGCUGGUAUCCGGGCGCAGGUAUCUAUCGCCAUGUUUGGAUUGAGCGUACGCCGCUCGUGCAUAUUGCCUACAACGGCAUUCAGGUGAUUCCCGAGAAGAAAACCGGCGGUAAGAGCGAUGUGUGGAAUGUCCGCGUUUUGACGACGGUUGAGAACGAAAGCAAGAGCGAUGCCUUGGUGUCGGUCACGCAAUCGCUGGAGGGCGAAGCCGCCAAGGAGAUGCGCGCGACGGACAAGCUUAAGGUUCCGGCGGGAGCUUCUGCAACCCUUGAACAGGUCAUCACCGUAACGUCGCCUGUCGUUUGGAGUGUGGAAAGUCCCGAGCUCUACAAGCUGCAAACGACGAUUCCGAACAUGAAGAAAACGACGAAGUUCGGUUUUCGUACGGCCGAAUGGAAGGCGGAUGGCUUUUAUUUGAACGGACAGCGCGUGCCGCUGAAUGGCGUCUGCGAACAUCACGACCUCGGGGCCUUGGGGGCGGCAUUCUAG